CCUAUUCUUCACAAGUAUUAUCAGUCAGGAGACUACCUAAUUGCUGGCAUUACUUCUCAGAUCUUCAUCACCACGGACAUGAUAACAUUCACAAGACAGCCCAGUCAGGAACUGAUUGAAGAGAUCAUCUAUUUCCUUGCAAGCUGGACCUAUCGAGCAUCAAUGGAACUUCUCUCCACACAGGGCAGAUUCAUCCCUAACUACAAAUGUGAUAUCCAGAAGAAUCCAGUUGCGGUUAUUGGAGGGCCUAACGCUGACCUUGAUCUCCACAUGGCAACUAUCCUGAGCCUCUACAAGAUUCCACUGCUCACAUAUGGUUCAGCUUCCAUGAUGAAUAACCAUAUCCAAGCUGUUUUCUCCCACUGUAUGUUCCCAAAUGGGGCCCAUCAAUAUAAAGGGAUUCUUCAGCUACUACUGCAUUUCAAGUGGACAUGGAUUGGGGUGAUUUAUCUGGAUAUUGACACUGCAUAUAGUUUUGUACAGAAUGUGCUUCAGAUGUUUUCUCAGAGUGGGGUCUGCUCUGAAUUCAUAGCAAAAUUACCAACAAUUACUUUUUCCAGGGAAGUCUAUACCACAAUGCUGGAUAUAAUUCAAAUAACAAACAUGGCUAUGAAAAGUACUGCCAAAGUGGUGAUUCUACAUGGCGAAAUUCAAUCCAUAAUAUGUUUAAGAAUGAUUCUCAGGUUGUCAGAAUUUGAAGACAUACCAAUGAAUACAAAUGCUAAAUUGUGGAUUAUGACAGCCCAGGUGGAUUUCACAUCACAUUCCUCUCUGAGAAGUUGGGACUUAGAGACCAUCCAUGGGGCUAUUUCCUUUGCAGUUCACUCAGUGGAGGUGUUAGGAUUCCAUAAGUUCCUUCAGAUCAGAAAUCCUACCUCUGAAAAAGAAGAUGGCUUUAUCAAGGCUUUCUGGCAACAGGCAUUUCUCUGUUCACUCCCCAGUUCUGAGGCAGAAGAUGAGGCUCAGGACAUCUGCACUGGAGAGGAGAGGCUGGAGACUCUACCUGGAUCUGUUUUUGAAAUGUCCAUGACUGGCCACAGCUACAGUGUCUACAAUGCCGUCUAUGCUGUGGCACAUGCUUUGCAUGCUAUGCACUUAUCCACAUUGACAAAUGGAGGGAGAUCCAAGCAUCUGAAUCAACAACUCCAUCAUUUUCUGAGAAGUAUGCCAUUUAACAAUGGUGCUGAGGAAACAUUUUCCUUCAACCAACAUGGGGAAUUAGUAGCUGGAUUCAAUAUUAUCAACUGGGUCACAUUUCCAAACCAGUCCUUUCUAAGAGUAAAGGUGGGAAAGAUAGACCCACAGGCUCCCCAAGAUGAAGCAUUCACCAUUGAUGAGGAUGUCAUCGUGUGGCCUACAAGGUUCAACCAGGCACAGCCACUUUCUCUAUGUAAUGGCCCUUGCUAUCCCGGUUACAGUAGGAAAAAGAAGGAAGGGGAGCCAUUUUGUUGCUAUGAUUGCCUUCCAUGCCCAGAAGGGAAGAUUUCAAACCAGCAAGAUGUGGAUUACUGUUUUCAGUGUUCAGAAGAUCAUCAUCCAAACAUAGACCAAGAUGGGUGCAUUCCAAAAGUUAUAACCUUCUUGUCUUAUGAAGAACCUCUGGGAACCAGUUUGGCCAGCUGUGCUCUUUCCUUUGCUUUCAUUACAGUUUUGGUUCUUGGGAUCUUCAUUAAGCACCAGGAGACUCCCAUCGUCAAAGCCAACAACAGAAACCUCACCUACACUCUCCUCAUCUCUCUCCUGCUCUCCUUCCUUUGCAUUAUGCUCUUUAUUGGCCAACCCGGAAAGAUGAUGUGCCUUCUUCAAAAAAUUUCCUUUGGCAUGGUCUUUGCAGUGGCAGUUUCUUGCAUUUUGGGCAAAACGACCAUUGUGGUUCUUACUUUCAUGGCCACCAAGCCAGGAUCAAAUAUGAAGAAAUGGUUGGGGAAAUGGAUGGCCAACUCCAUUGUUCUUUUCUGCUCGCUUAUUCAAGGUAUUAUUUGUAUUGUGUGGCUGGCAACCUUUCCCCCAUUCCCAGAUCUUGACAUGCAUGCAAUGACUGAAGAAAUAGUAUUGGAGUGUAAUGUGGGGUCAAAUUUCAUGUUUUAUUGUGUUCUUAGCUUUUUGGGUUUUCUGGCCAUUGUGAGCUUUAUUGCGGCUUUAAAGGCCAGGAAGUUACCAGAUAGUUUUAAUGAAGCCAAAUUCAUCACCUUCAGCAUGUUGAUCUUCUGCAGUGUUUGGGUGUCCUUUGUCCCCGCUUACCUGAGCACCAAGGGGAAGUCUAUGGUGGCUGUGGAGGUCUUUUCCAUCUUAGCCUCCAGUUCUGGGUUAUUAAGCUGCAUCUUUUUCCCCAAAUGCUUUGUCAUUGUGCUGAGGAGGAAUUUGAACAAAAGGGAGCAUCUAAUAAAGAAAAAAUACUAA